UGGGCCGGAGCGGCUCAGUCAGACGUGUAUUUCCCCAUAUCCGGGUGAGGGAGGAAAAGGCAAGAAAAAAAAGUUUCAUUUAAAACCCGAACCAACAAAAAAAAAGGAAAAAAAAUCCCCCCCCCUUGAAAAAAAAAAAGAAAGAAAGAAACCCACCACCACCCCCGCUUGCUUCCAGCAGCAGCAGCGAGGGAGGCAGCCGGAGCAGGCACGGACCCACGGCCGCCCCGGACACGCGGGGAGGGGAGCUGCGGUAAAUUUCGCGUGUGCGGCGGCGGGCGUGUGCGGGUCCCCUCCCCGGAGCCCGUCUCUUUCCUCUGCUGCGUUUUUUAAUUCUUCUUCUUCUUCUUCUUCUCUGUUUUGUGCGGCUCCCCCCCCCACCCCUCCUCCUCCUCCUCCUCCCCGGGCCUCGCAAUGUUGCCAUGAUCAUGGCCGCGCAAGUGGCAGCGGCUCCGGCGGGGGCGAACAACAGCAAGGGCAAAGCGCCGGGCUUGCCGGGCAGCCUGAGCCAGGAGCGCGGCGCGGCGGCGGGCGGCGGCGGGGGCUCCAUGCUGGGCGCCGGGGACGGCGGCGGCCUGGGCAGCGUCCUGCAGCACCGCGCCGAGCUGGGCACGGCCAACAACGCGGACAAGGACGGCGGCGGCGCGGCCCCGAUGGACGCGGGGCUGCUCCCCAACCACAAGCUGAAGGGCGGCGAGGCGCUGCACCCGCACCAUGCCCUGCACCAUGCCCACCACCACCACCACCACCACCUCGGCGCCUUCCCGCCGCAACAGCAACAGCAGCCGCCGCCGCCGCCGCAGCAGCAGGCGGCGGCUCCGCACCAUGCCAUGCAGAAGAGCGGCGCUGCGCAGCCCAGUGCAGACAUGGAGCAGCAACAUGGAGGCAAGGACGGCGCGGGGGGCGCCCAGGCCGAGCCGCCGCCGCCCCUGCUGAGCAAAGGCGGCCCGGAGGAGGAGGAGGAGGAGGAGGAGGAGAAGCUGGGCGAGCCGCGCUACGAGCACCCGGCGCUGGGCGCGCAGCAGCAGCAGCAGCCAGCGCCGCCGCCGCAGCAGCCAGCGCCAGCGCCGCCGCCUCCCCCCGGCGCGGGCAGCGGCUUGGGCGCCGACUUCAGCGCCUACUUCGGCCCCGGCGCGGCCCCGGGCAGCGGCGGCGGCGGCAGCAGCUCCGCCGCCGCCGGCCGCGCCGGGCCUUGCUUUGAUCAACAUGGCGGACAACAAAGCCCCGGGAUGGGGCUGAUGCACCCCGCGGCGGCCCCCAGCGGCAUGGACCCCCUGCACAACUCCCAUGAGGGCUUCGCCAACAGCCAGUACAACCACUACCCCGGCUACGGCCGGACCGGCGGCGCGGCGGCAGCAGCGGCGGCGGCGGGCGCGGGAGGAGCCAGCGGCGCGUAUGCGGGCUCGUACGGGGUGCUGAGCUCGCCCCGGCAGCAGGGCGGCGGCGUGAUGCUGGGCCCCGGCGCGGCGGGCGGCCUGGGCAAGGCGGCGGCGGCGGGCGGCGGCUUCCAGCGCUUCUCCAGCCAGAGCCCGCACCCGUCCGGGGCCACGCCGACGCUCAACCAGCUGCUCACGUCCCCCAGCCCCAUGAUGAGGAGCUACGGCAGCGGCUACGCCGAGUACAGCAGCCCCGGCGCCCCGCCGCCCCAGCCCCAGCCGCAGGCGCAGGCGGCCGCCGCGGCCCCCGGCAGCCAGCAGGCAGCGGCGGGCAUGGGCCUGGCCAAGGACAUGGGCUCGCAGUACGGGGCGGCCAGCCCGGCCUGGGCAGCGGCGCAACAAAGGAGUCACCCGGCCAUGAGCCCGGGCAGCACCGCGCAGCCCCUCAGCAGGACCCAGGGCAGCCCAAUGGAUCCAAUGGUAAUGAAGAGACCUCAGUUAUAUGGAAUGGGCAGUAACCCUCAUUCUCAGACACAGCAAAGCAGUCCAUACCCAGGGCAGUCAUACGGCCCUCCAGGACCCCAGCGAUAUCCAAUGGCAAUGCAGGGACGGACCCCAGCUGCCAUGGGUGGAAUGCAGUAUCCACAGCAACAGAUGCCACCUCAGUAUGGUCAGCAAGGUGUAAGUGGCUACUGCCAGCAGGGCCAACAGCCAUAUUACAACCAGCAGCCACAGCCUCAGCAUCUUCCACCCCAGGCACAGUAUCUGUCACAGGCCCAGCAGAGGUACCAGACACAGCAGGACAUGUCUCAGGAAGGCUAUGGAACCCGAUCCCAACCCCCUAUUGCCCCAGGAAAGCCCAACCAUGAAGAUCUAAACCUCAUACAACAAGAAAGACCAUCAAGCUUACCAGUUGAAGUCUUGGCCUCGGAGGAUGCUACAUUUGGACACAAGGAUUUAUCUGGCUCCAUUGAUGACUUGCCCACUGGAACGGAGGCAACACUGAGUUCAGCAGUUAGUGCAUCAGGUUCUACAAGCAGCCAGGGGGAGCAGAGCAACCCUGCACAGUCACCUUUUUCACCUCAUGCUUCUCCACAUCUCUCCAGCAUCCCUGGUGGUCCAUCGCCUUCCCCUGUAGGCUCUCCUGUUGGAAGCAAUCAGUCACGUUCUGGUCCAAUUUCUCCUGCAAGUAUUCCAGGCAGUCAGAUGCCACCUCAACCUUCUGGCAGCCAGUCAGAAUCCAGCUCCCAUCCUGCUUUGAGCCAGUCACCAAUGCCACAAGAUCGAGGUUUUAUAGCAGGUAUGCAAAGGAACCCACAAAUGUCCCAGUAUGGACCUCAGCAAACUGGACCUUCCAUGUCGCCGCACCCUUCACCUGGAGGCCAAAUGCAUCCUGGAAUUGGUAGCUUUCAGCAGAGUAAUUCAAGUGGAACGUAUGGGCCUCAAAUGAGCCAGUAUGGACCACAAGGAAAUUAUUCCAGACCACCAACGUACAGUGGGGUGCCCAACACGAGUUACAGUGGCCCAGGACCUGGCAUGGGUAUAAAUGCCAAUAGUCAGAUGCAUGGACAGGGGCCAAGCCAGCCUUGUGGAACCAUGCCCCUGGGACGGAUGCCAUCAGCUGGGAUGCAGAGCAGACCAUUUCCUGGAAACAUGAGCAGUAUGACCCCCAAUUCUCCUGGCAUGUCUCAGCAGGGAGGUCCGGGCAUGGGCCCACCAAUGCCAACUGUGAACCGUAAGGCACAGGAAGCAGCUGCUGCAGUGAUGCAGGCUGCUGCAAACUCCGCUCAGAGCAGGCCACCAUACAUUAGGUCGCCUGCUUAUCCCAGCCAGUCUGGGGCUGGCGGACGCCCCAUGUUUUCUUCACAGCACCCCAACUAUGGCAACGCUCAGGCUCCCAUGAUGCACCAGCCUGAUCAGUACGGGCAAGGCAGUUUUCCUGGCAUGAAUCAGAGUGGUAUUAUGGGAUCCAGUUCUCCUUAUACCCAGCCAAUGAACAACAGCUCUAGCCUGAUGAACCCGCAAGCUCCUCCUUACAGCAUGGCACCUAACAUGGUGAACAGUUCAACAGCACCUAUGGGUCUUGCAGAUAUGAUGACACCUGGUGAGUCCAAACUGCCUCUCCCUCUCAAAGCAGAUGGCAAAGAAGAAGGACCUCCGCAGCCUGAGAGCAAGUCAAAGGAUAGCUACAGCUCACAGGGUAUUUCUCAGCCCCCAACCCCAGGCAACCUGCCAGUCCCUUCCCCAAUGUCCCCAAGCUCUGCUAGCAUCUCCUCAUUUCAUGGAGAUGAAAGUGAUAGCAUUAGCAGCCCAGGCUGGCCAAAGACUCCAUCAAGCCCUAAGUCAAGUUCCUCCACCACGACUGGAGAGAAGAUCACAAAAAUCUAUGAGCUGGGAAAUGAGCCUGAGCGCAAAAUGUGGGUAGAUCGAUACCUCACCUUCAUGGAAGAGAGAGGCACACCUGUGGCCAGUCUGCCAGCUGUGGGCAAGAAGCCACUAGAUCUGUUCAGACUGUAUGUCUGUGUCAAGGAGAUUGGAGGCUUAGCACAGGUUAAUAAAAACAAGAAGUGGCGUGAACUGGCAACCACCCUGAAUGUUGGUACUUCGAGCAGUGCAGCCAGCUCCCUGAAAAAACAAUAUAUUCAGUACCUGUUUGCCUUUGAGUGCAAGAUUGAACGAGGGGAGGAGCCCCCUCCAGAGGUCUUCAGCACUGGAGAUACUAAGAAACAACCUAAGAUUCAGCCACCAUCUCCUGCUAAUUCCGGUUCCCUGCAAGGUCCACAGACUCCUCAAUCUACUGGUAGUAAUUCCAUGACAGAAGUGCCAGGCGACUUGAAGCCCCCAACACCAGCAUCAACACCUCAUGGACAGAUGACACCUAUGCAGGGUGGCAGGAACAGUGCAGUUAGUGUGCAUGAUCCUUUCUCUGAUGUAAGUGACUCAGCAUUCCCGAAGAGAAACUCCAUGACGCCAAAUGCACCGUACCAGCAGGGGAUGAACAUGCCAGAUAUGAUGGGAAGGAUGCCCUAUGAACCGAAUAAGGACCCUUUUGGUGGGAUGAGAAAAGUGCCUGGAAGCAAUGAGCCGUUCAUGACCCCUGGACAGAUGCCCAACAGUGGAAUACAGGACAUGUAUAACCAGACGCCAUCUGGAGCAAUGUCCAACAUGAGCAUGAGCCAGCGACAGCAGUUCUCUUAUGGAAGUAGCUAUGACAGGAGGUCGGAUCAUGGGCUGGGUUCUGAAGGCAGUAUGGGACCACCUGGUCAAAGCAACAUGGUGCCUUCAAACAGUGACCCAAGCAUGUACUCUCCUAAUCGUUACCCUGGCCAGCAAAGGCAUGAAACAUAUGCACAGCAGUACCCAGGACAAGGACCUCCCUCAGGACAACCAGCAUAUGGAGGACAUCAACCUGGAAUGUAUCCACAGCAGCAGAACUACAAGCGUCAUAUGGAUGGCAUGUAUGGGCCCCCAGCAAAACGUCACGAAGGAGAAAUGUAUAACAUGCAGUAUGGCAACCAGCAGCAAGAAAUGUAUAACCAGUACAGCAACACUUACUCUGGACCAGACAGGAGGCCCAUGCAGGGACAGUAUCCGUAUCCAUAUAACAGGGAGAGGAUGCAGGGCCCAGGACAAAUACAGCAGCAUGGAAUACCACCCCAAAUGAUAGGCGGCCCCAUGCAGUCAUCAUCCACCAGUGAAGGUCCUCAGCAAAACAUGUGGCCAACCCGAAAUGAUAUGCCUUACCCUUACCAGAACAGGCAAGGCCCUGGAGGCCCCACACAGGCCCCACCCUAUCCAGGGAUGAAUCGCACUGAUGAUAUGAUGGUACCUGAUCAGAGGAUAAACCACGAGAGUCAGUGGCCUUCUCAUGUCAACCAACGUCAGCCUUCUUAUAUGUCAUCCUCAGCCUCCAUGCAGCCUAUCACUCGACCUCCUCAGUCGUCCUACCAGACACCACCCUCAAUGCCAAACCACAUCUCUAGGGCUCCAAGUCCAGCAUCUUUCCAGCGCUCUUUGGAGAAUCGUAUGUCCCCAAGCAAGUCUCCUUUCCUACCCUCUAUGAAGAUGCAAAAGGUUAUGCCCACAGUUCCAGUAUCACAGGUCACAGGUCCUCCACCCCAGCCACCACCCAUUAGGCGAGAAAUUACCUUCCCUCCAGGCUCUGUAGAAGCAUCACAGCCAGUCUUAAAACCAAGACGAAAGAUUACCUCAAAAGAUAUUGUAACUCCUGAAGCCUGGCGAGUGAUGAUGUCUCUAAAAUCUGGACUUUUGGCUGAAAGUACCUGGGCUCUAGAUACAAUUAAUAUUCUUCUGUAUGAUGACAGCACUGUUGCUACUUUCAACCUCUCUCAGUUAUCUGGAUUUCUUGAGCUUUUGGUGGAAUAUUUUAGAAAAUGCCUGAUUGACAUUUUUGGAAUCCUUAUGGAAUAUGAAGUGGGAGAUCCAGGAAAAAAAGCACUUGAUCACAACACAGCCAAGAAAGAUGACAGCCAGUCCUUAGCAGAGGACACUGUAAAAGAGGAGGAUAAUGAUGAAUGUAUUAAUUAUUUGGAGGAGGAGGAGGAGGAGGAAGAGGAUGAAAAAUCUGAAGGAGAAGAAAAGAGCAUUGUUUUUUCCACUCCUGGUGCCAUUGCUGAUCCAAGUGAGAGGCCAAAACAAGCCAGUAAAUUUGACAAGCUGCCAAUAAAGAUUGUAAAGAAAAAUAAUCUAUUUGUUGUAGACCGAUCUGACAAACUCGGACGUGUUCAGGAAUUUGACAGUGGGCUCCUCCACUGGCAGCUUGGUGGGGGUGACACAACUGAACACAUCCAGACUCAUUUUGAAAGCAAGAUGGAGAUUCCUCCACGCAGGAAAGCACCUCCUCCCUUGAACUCUCCAAACAAAAAGAAGGAGUUGGAGGGGAAAGGUGACUCUGAAGAACAACAGGAAAAAAGUAUAACGGCCACCAUUGAUGAUGUCCUCUCAGCUCGGCCAGGAGCAUUGCCUGAAGACUCAAGCUCUGGUUCCCAGGCAGAGAGCAGUAAAUUUCCCUUUGGAAUCCAUCAAGCCAAAAGCCACCGGAAUAUUAAACUGCUAGAGGAUGAGCCAAGGAGCCGGGAUGAGACUCCUCUAUGCGCCAUAACUCAUUGGCAAGACUCCUUGGCCAAGCGCUGCAUCUGUGUGUCAAAUAUCGUCCGUAGCUUGUCUUUUGUGCCUGGCAACGACGCCGAAAUGUCCAAACAUCCAGGCUUGGUGCUGAUCUUGGGAAAGUUGAUCCUUCUUCACCAUGAGCAUCCAGAAAGAAAGCGAGCACCACAGACAUAUGAGAAAGAGGACGAGGAGGACAAAGGGGUGGCCUGCAGCAAGGAUGAGUGGUGGUGGGACUGCCUCGAAGUCUUGAGGGAUAAUACAUUGGUCACAUUAGCCAACAUUUCUGGACAGCUAGACUUGUCUGCUUACACAGAAAGCAUCUGUUUGCCAAUUUUGGAUGGCUUGCUGCACUGGAUGGUGUGCCCAUCUGCAGAGGCACAGGAUCCUUUUCCAACCGUGGGGCCCAACUCAGUCCUAUCACCUCAAAGACUUGUGCUGGAGACCCUGUGUAAGCUCAGUAUCCAGGACAAUAAUGUGGACCUUAUCUUGGCCACUCCCCCAUUCAGUCGUCAGGAGAAACUCUACGCUACUUUAGUUAGGUACGUUGGGGACCGCAAAAACCCAGUCUGCCGAGAAAUGUCCAUGGCUCUCUUAUCAAACCUUGCACAGGGGGACACAUUAGCGGCAAGGGCAAUAGCUGUGCAGAAAGGAAGCAUCGGAAACUUGAUAAGCUUCCUGGAAGAUGGGGUCACGAUGGCCCAGUACCAGCAGAGCCAACAUAACCUCAUGCACAUGCAGCCACCUCCUCUGGAGCCACCUAGCGUAGACAUGAUGUGCAGGGCAGCCAAGGCCUUGCUGGCCAUGGCUAGAGUGGACGAGAACCGUUCAGAGUUCCUAUUGCACGAGGGUCGUUUGCUGGAUAUCUCAAUAUCUGCUGUCCUGAACUCUCUGGUUGCAUCUGUCAUCUGUGAUGUACUUUUCCAGAUUGGGCAGUUAUGACAUAAGUGAGACGCCAAGCAUGUGUGAGUGGAGAUUAGAGGGUCACAUAUAACUGGCUGUUUUCUGUUCUUGUUUAUCCAGCGUAGGAAGAAGGAAAAAAAAUUGCUCCUCUGCCCCAUUCACUAUUUACCAAUUGGGAAUUAAAGAAAUUAUUAAUUUGAACAGUUACGAAGUUAAUAUUUGCUGUCUAUGUGUAUAAGUGCAUCUUUUUAUUUUAUUUUUUUUAACCAAAGUUGCUGUCUAGUACAUUCAAAGGUCACACUUUUUUUUUCCAUAGAUUAUCCUUUUCAAUGUUCUUUUCCAUGUUUGUAUUGCAUAUUUUUUGGGAAGCGAAAUAGUGACUUAAAAAAAAAGUUGUGGCAAAUCAUUGUACGAUGGGGAAAAAAAUCUCACCACUUCGAAACGAGAAGGUGAAAAAUAACCAACAUACCAAGUUCCUGUGUAUUUUAUUUUUUCAGAUAAGGAAAAAUUUUUAAAAACAUGUAAACCAUCACCCAAAGCUCUGUGCAAUAGAAGAUUCUAGUGAUGUAGGUGUAGGGGAUCAAGGAGGGUGUGAGUCAGUAGUCAAAAUACAAAAUGCUAUUGGUUUCUCCACAGGAGAAAUGGUUACAUUAGGGUAGGAGCAAAAUUUAAAAAAAAUAAAAAUUUUAAAGUUAAAAGAUUUUAAAUACAAACCUGACGAUAAACGUAAAUUGCUUCCUCACCAGAACUGUCUUGUCUGCAUCUGUUGUUCGACCUUCCACAAUGACAGUUCUUCACAAUUCCUUUAAUCAUUUUUUAAAUAUUUUUUUAUUGCCUAAGGGCCGUGAUGUAUAUAGAAGUUGUACAUUAAACAUACCCUCAUCUUUUUUUUAAGUACAAAGUUUUUAGUUUCUUUUUCAUGAUGUGGUAACUACAAAGUGAUGGUAGAAUUAUUUUUUUUCUUUCAUUUUUGGGCCAUAUCUCCAAAAAAAAAAAACUAAAAAAAAAAAACCGAGGGUAAUGUACAAGUUUCUGUAUGUAUAAAGUCAUGCUCUAUUUCGGGAGAGCAGCCGAUCACAAUUUGCUUUAUAAAUCAAGGUGUGGAAAUGGUUACGUAUGGAUUGAUCUAAGAAAAUGGUUACCAGUCUACAGACAAAAAAAUAUAUACAGAAAAAAGGAAGAACAACUUCAAAGAUUUUUCAGUGAUGAGAAUCCGCAUUUGUAUUUCAAGAUAAUGUAGUUAAAAAAGAAAAAAACUUGAUGUAAAUUCCUCCUUUUCCUCUGGCUUAAUGAAUAUCAUUUAUUCAGUAUAAAAUCUUUAUAUGUUCCACAUGUUAAGAAUAAAUGUACAUUAAAUCUUGUUAAGCACUGUGA